AGAAGAUAGCAACAGUUGCGUAUUGCUUCGGUACAAGAAACCAAAAACACUUGACAAAAUGGUCCUUAUCCUGCAGCUUUUCCUAUUUUCCUAUUUCCUGCAGUCGAUGCAGCUGCCUCUGCCAGAGCUUAGUAGUCCCCGAACUACUAGCCUUGGCAGCUACAACAUUUUCCAGUCUGGUUUUACGACGUCACCCUUCACCAGCCAACUCUUCGCGCACGCUUUGGGAAGCGAAAGCACGGAAAGCCGCACCGGGACUCUGCGCGUCAAUGUCCCUUCGUUUGAAGACAUGGAUAAUUUCCCGUUUCCCCGCACGAUUUCCGAUUCCGCCUCGAGCACCGCGCUUCCCUCCUCGCCUGGGGAUGGAAACGCAACCUCGUUCGGUAGCACCACCGGCGUUUCGAGCACAGUAAGGUCCGAAGACAGGACCCUUUCCACAGGGACGAUGACGAGUGGGCGUGGCAGCUUUUCUCAGCAGCGGAGUACCAGUAGAGGGGUACCUCCCCGAGUUGAUUCCCCAUUAGUGCCUGCUCCAAGCCGACUGGGCCGGACGUAUUCGAGGAGAAAUCUGGACGCGGAGGAAGAGGUUGGGGGUGUACUAGUUACUCCAGCGCUUUCGCUCACCUCGUCUUCCGCGGGCGUGUCUGCUACAGCCCGGCUUCCGCAUGUAGUCCCGAUUGGCGUCCCGCUAGAUGGUGCCCACCUUGCGGCUGAAGGGGGCGUUGCAGCUGCGGUUGGAACACAUCAGGACAGUAGCCCUUCUGCCGCAAGUUCCGCAAUGGCCGGCAGCUACUACCGCGCCGAGGACCCGGAAAUGAUAGUCCCGGAGGAAGAGGAAGGUGAAGGGGAUGAUCUGGUAACCAAAUGCGUGCGCGCGCGCGCGCAGAGCGCGCGCCGGCCCACGAAGCCGGCGCGCGCGCUCUGCGCGCUUGCGAUAUUGCUUAGCAAACGCAGCGCGAAGGCAGUUGCCGUUACCAUAUAGGGCAACCGCCGGGAGGCGUG